GGAACAGCAUAAAUCAACAUGUCGCAGACAUUAGAGCAGACCGACGCAUCGAGCAGUCAUGACGAGCCAGUGGAGAAGCAGAAGAGUCGCAGACCUCCGAACAACGCUUUCCGACAACAACGUCUAAAGGCGUGGCAACCCAUCCUCACUCCGAAGACCGUCCUCCCUCUCUUCUUCGCCGUCGGAGUCAUCUUUGCGCCCAUCGGAGGCGUGCUCCUAUGGGCCAGCUCCACCGUUCAGGAACUCACCCUCGAUUACUCAGAGUGCAGUCGAAGUGCUCCGCCAUGCGGCAACAACAACGAUGGAUACGCCCCGAUCCCCAGCGGCAAAUACUCGAAUUCUUUCAAGACGAAGGUGGAGAAUGCAGAUCUGCCAACAUGGUGUCGAGAGACCAUUGAUGUGGGCGUCGGAGGGGAGGACAACAACUUCAUGAACAUCAGCACGACGGCUUGCCGAGUGCAAUUCUACAUUCCAGAUGAGCUCGCGCCACCGGUGCUCUUCUACUACCAGCUCACAAACUUCUAUCAAAAUCACCGACGAUACGUACAGUCGUUCGACGAGAGCCAGCUUAAGGGAAACAUCAGGUCGGCGGCGGAGAUUGAGGGCUCUAACUGCGACCCUCUUCAGACCGAGAUCGUGAAUGGCGUCCAGAAGGCAUACUACCCAUGUGGUCUCAUUGCGAAUUCCAUGUUCAACGAUACCUUUAUGAGCCCGGUGUUGCUGAAUGGGCGAGGAGAAGGCGCUUCGAACGGGGUCACCUACAACAUGACCAACAAGGGCAUUGCCUGGUCCACGGACGAUGAUCUCUACGGCAAUGCAAAGUACAAGAACGAUGAGGUCGUUCCACCCGUCAACUGGCGUGUGCGGUACCCAACCUACAACGAGACGUUUCCAAUCCCGAAAAUCAAGGAAUGGGAAGAAUUCCACGUGUGGAUGCGGACGGCAGGUCUGCCGACGUUCAGCAAGCUGGCUUUGCGUAACGACAAUGAGAAGAUGGAAGUUGGAAGAUACGAGGUGGUGAUCCACGACUACUUCCCCGUGACCAUCUAUUCCGGCACCAAGUCGAUUCUCCUGUCCACGCGUACCGUCAUGGGCGGUAAGAACCCGUUCCUCGGCAUCACCUACAUCGUCGUUGGUGGCCUUUGUAUCAUUCUGGGUGCUCUCUUCACAGUGACGCAACUCAUCAAGCCACGAAAACUUGGCGACCACAGCUAUUUGACAUGGAACACCGAACAACCCAGCACAGCAACUACUACCGGCAGAGCACCAAGAAGUAACGAAGCUGCAUGA